GAAACGGCAGUCACGUCGCAAUCGAAAACCUACAACCCUAGUAACUGGAACACCUCUCUCUUACAACAGUUUACCAGAAAAUUUAAAAAAAGGAUUUAACUCUGAUUUCAUCAGUUCUUUAAACGCAGCAACUUGUGCGCUGUUCACAAAUACUUCAAGUUGACAACAUUUCAACUUAAUACAUUCAAAUAUGCCUACCGAAUGUACCGCCAACCCUCUUCAACGAGAAUUGGCAGACAGUAUUAUCAGAUUCUCCCCAUUGGAUGAUUUAAGAAUACUCAUUGCGUGUGGAGCCAGCCCCAAUGACCCAGUAACACAAGGUUUGCGUCCGCUCCAUUAUGCGGUUUGGCAGCGUUACCUCGAGGCUGUCCAAUUUUUACUAGUUCGUGGAAGCGACGUCAAUGCUAGGGAUGAUUGUGGAUAUACUGCUCUACACCUGAGUGCCGAGCACGGCUACACAGAAAUAAUGAGUCUGUUACUAGAAUAUCAAGCCAAAGUGAAUUUUUCCGACAAGAUGGGCGAAGAAACAGGAGAUGCAGGCAAACCUAAUUUAUGCGACGAACCUUUGCAUUUGGCCAUCAAGAAUGGCCACUAUGAAGCGGCUCGGCUUUUGCUUGAAAACGGAGCUAACGUGAACACACGUUAUUUUUUCGGCUGUGAAAUUAGCCUUAUUUCAGCACUUAACCCAGAAGCCAUGGAACUUUUACUUAUGUAUGGGGCCUAUCCGGAUUCAAGAGAUCGCAGUGGAUUGACUCCUCUGAUGAAAGCAUGUCGGAACCCACAGGCCACAGAAACCGUUCUGAAGUUAAUUUCUUAUGGAGCAGACGUGAAUGCCCAAGCAGACGAGCGGAACGAUUACCGAUCAGUACUUCACUAUGCAGUCCUUUCAGGAAAUCGUUCCAUGGUGAGCCUCUUACUGAAACAAGGAGCACGAGUUCGGCCACCACCAGGUGAUCCAGCACUAUCCAAGCCUUCGGUAUUGGAUUUAGCCGUGCUGAAGGGUGACGUCGAAUUGGUCAGGAUGCUCAUUGAAGCCGGUAUGAAAAUUUCUAGAAAUCACAGAACUAGCAAUGGAAGUUUAAUUGCAUUUUUACUUAAGGAGGCUGAUGUCAACAAUACUUCAUCUAUUUUGGGUUCGGCGUUACACGUGGCCUGUGCCGACAACGUAGCAAAUCGGGCGGAUAUUGUCCGGCUUUUGUUGGAAAAUGGCGCUAAUCCUAACAUAGCUGCCAGAAGCGACGAGGGAUUACCACACCCCUCCGUAUUAGCUGAAUACGUUACGUCCAAUGGCAACAGGGAUAAGCUUGAUCACGAAGUUGUCGAUUUGCUACUUCGUCACGGGGCACAGGUGGUACUCAAGACGCAACACCGCCAUCCACUGGGAUUAUACUCCAUCAUACCUAUUUUAACACGGCACCCACGAGUCUUUUUAAAUGUGAUGGACGCAGCUGAAAGUUUUGACAAUGUCAUGCUCAAACGCCUGAAUAACGUUCCUCCGGACUUCAAACAAAUUAUUCUUGACCUCGCCACGCAACCCCUUUCUCUUCAACAACAAUGUCGAUUCUACCUGCGUCAGCAAUUGCAACCUAACAUUCAUCUUAAAAUACCUUUACUCGAGAUUCCUACAAUACUUCAAUCUUAUUUACUCUUCGAAAUUAGCUAGCUGCCUUACCCCAGAUAACAUCAUAUCUUAUGCAUGACUUAAGCAAUCCAAUCCCCCUGUAUUGUACAAAACAUACCGCGCCCAUCUUGGAAAAUUGUGUUAUAAAACUUAAAAAUGAUGAUGUUGAAUUUAUACGUAAAAUUAUAGUCGCAGUUAAAAUUACGCAAUUAAUUGAACGGAUUUGACGCGGAAUACAAAAGCCAAUAAGCAAGUAAAA